AUGUGGAUUUCCUUGAAGAACGUUGCUGACAUCAAGAAGCUGGCAAGUGUCGGGAUUUGCACAAUCAAAGGCAUUAUGAUGACCACGAGAAAGCGGCUGUGUGAUGUCAAAGGUCUUUCUGAAGCAAAAGUUGACAAAAUCAAGGAAAUCGCAUGCAAACUAUCAAACAGUGGCUUCAUUACGGCUUUGGAGGUUACAGAACGACGGAAGCUUUGUUAUCGCAUUAGUACAGGGAGCCGAGAGCUGGAUAAACUUCUAGGCGGUGGUAUUGAAAGUCAGGCUAUAACCGAAGUUUUCGGCGAAUUCCGUACUGGCAAAACACAGCUCUCGCAUACUUUGUGUGUGAUGUGCCAAAUAGCAAGCGAGACAAGUAACUUCAAAGGUGGGAAAGUUAUCUACAUCGACACGGAGAAUACAUUCCGCCCGGACCGUUUGCGUCAAAUUAACGAACGUUUCAAAAUGGAUCAAGAGGCAAUGUUAGACAACAUUUUAUAUGCACGAGCGUACACUUCUGAUCAUCAGAUGGAAUUGCUGGAUUUUGUUGCGGCGAAAUUUCAUGAGGAAUUGGGUGUUUUUAAACUAUUGGUUGUUGAUUCAAUUAUGGCUCUAUUCCGAGUCGAUUACAGUGGUCGAGGUGAGCUUGCAGAACGGCAGCAAAGACUUGCGCAAAUGUUAUCACGCUUACAGAAAAUCGCGGAAGAAUAUAAUGUCGCAGUUUUUAUCACAAAUCAGAUGACUGCAGAUCCUGGCGCUGGGAUAACAUUUCAGGCAGAUCCAAAAAAACCAGUAGGUGGGCACAUUCUGGCUCACGCAUCUACCACUCGUAUCAUGCUUAAAAAGGGACGAGGAGAAACAAGAAUUGCAAAAAUCUAUGACUCGCCAGAUCUACCCGAAAAUGAAGCCACUUUCGCUAUUGCCACAAUCGGCGUUACUGAUGCGAAAGAUUGA